AUGGCUCAGCUCAAGUUCAUCGAUAUCGGUGUAAAUUUGACGGAUCCCAUGUUCAGAGGUUCGUACAGAGGGAAACAGAAACACGACGAUGAUUUUGAUGCCGUCAUCGACAGAGCGCUCAACGUGGGAGUGGAAAAAUUCUUAAUCACUGGAGGAAGUGUGGACGACAGCAGAUUGGCGCUGGAGCUCGCUCAGACCAGAGACGAGUUCUUCUGCACAGUGGGCUGCCAUCCCACACGCUGCUCAGAGUUUGAGACGGCCGGAGAAGAGGAAUAUCUGUCCCAACUGAAGAACCUGGCAACCCAUGAAAAAGUGGUGGCAGUGGGCGAGUGCGGCCUGGAUUUUGAUCGUCUUGAGUUUUGCCCAAAGGAGACGCAGCUGAAAUUUUUCCAGAAGCAGUUUGACUUGGCUGAAGACACGCGGCUGCCCAUGUUCCUUCACUGCAGAAACUCUCACCAGGACUUCAUCGAGAUUAUGAAGAGGAACAGAGAGCGCUGUGUCGGAGGAGUGGUGCACUCCUUUGAUGGGACACCAGAGGACGCUGUUGCGCUCACAGAUCUGGACCUGUACAUCGGCAUAAACGGCUGUUCAUUAAAAACAGAAUCCAACAUCGAAGCCAUGAAGUCUGUCCCCAGCGAGAGGCUACUGAUCGAGACGGACGCCCCCUGGUGCGGAGUGAAGCCGACGCACGCCGGAGCAAAACUCAUCUCAACAACUUUCCCCACAAAGAAGAAAUGGGAACAAGGCCACUGUCUGAAAGACCGCAACGAGCCCUGCCACAUAGUUCAGGUGCUGGAGGUAAUGGCUGCAGCGAGAGGAGAGGAUCCAGAGGAGCUCGCCAACACUAUCUACAACAACACGACGCGCCUCUUCUUCCCCACGGCGCAUCAAUAA